AUGGGCACAACCUCUAGUGCUCUUGUGAUGUUAUUUGCUCUUUUUUUCAUUGAAAGACUUGAGUUAAUUUGUAGUAAUACAAAUUCAAAUGUGAGUUGCAUAGCGAGUGAGCGAGAAGCUCUUAUGAAAUUCAAAGGAAAUCUCACAGAUUAUGCAAACCGUUUAUCCUCGUGGGUUGGAAAGGACUGUUGCAUGUGGAAGGGAGUUGGUUGCAGCAAGAAAACAGGCCAUGUUGUGAAGCUUGAUCUGCAUAAUCCAAUUCCAGAUCCAAUUUAUCCAAAUUUCGAAAUGAACCAAUUGGGUGGUCAGAUAAGUCCUUCCUUACUCGAUUUAAAUCAUUUGUAUUACCUAGACUUGAGCAUGAACGAUAUGCAAAUUUCUAAUUCCUUAGGAUCUUUGAAAAGCUUGAGAUACCUUGACCUCUCUUGGUCAAUUUUCAAUGAAACGAUUCCUCAUCAUCUGGGAAAUCUUUCAAGGUUGCAAUAUCUCAACCUUAGCAAUAAUUAUUUACGUGGUCCAAUUCGUGAUACACUUGGAAGGUUGACCUCUCUCACAGUCCUUGACCUUUCAAUUAACGACUUCAAUGAUUCAAUGUUGUAUUCUUUGUGUAACCUGAGCAGUCUUGUCCAUAUAGAUCUUAGUAUUACAAGCCAUAGAGGUGCAAUCCCCCAUUGCCUUGGGAAUCUUGCUUCUCUUUCCAUCCUCAGGUUGAGUGCAAAUUAUCUUCAAGGUCCAAUUCCGAGUGAGAUGGGAAAUAUGACACAACUUACAGAGCUUGACCUCUCUUUGAAUGUGUUUGAAGGUGAAAUACCAAACUCCAUGAGGAGCCUCUGCAACUUGCGUGUAUUGGAUUUGUCCAAUAACACAUUCACUGGAAAGCUUUCAAACUAUUUGGGAGAGUUUAAGAAUCUAGAGAGGCUUAGUAUUGGAAGCAAUUCAUUUUGUGGUCCACUGCCAUCAUCACUCGGAACACUAUCAUAUUUGAGAGUGUUAGGUACUGGAGAUAAUCAAUUGAAUGGGAGCAUUCCAAUUAGUCUUGGACAACUUUCAAAACUAGAAUAUCUAGAUUUGUCAAACAAUGCAUUUGUUAGCACCGUAUUUGAACUUCACUUUGCCAAACUCAAGAGUUUAAAUGAAUUGUACUUGCAUUCAAAUUCAUUAGUUUUGAAUGUGACCUCCCAAUGGGUUCCUCCCUUUCAACUCCAAGUCAUACAAUUGUCAUCCAUCAAAGUAGGACCCCAAUUUCCUCAAUGGCUCAAAACACAAAAAAAUGUUACACAAUUAGACAUGUCUAAUGCAAGCAUCUCAGAUGUCAUUCCUGAUUGGUUUGAGAGUAUUUAUUGUGGCAUUAUGUACUUGGAUCUUUCCAACAACGAGAUCAAAGGAAAGGUGCCAAUAUUUCAAAAAUGUAAAUAUAGAUAUAGUGCUCCUGAUAAAUGGUUACUAUUGAGUUCUAACAGAUUUGAGGGCCCACUAGCACCGCUUUCUUCACAUGUUUAUUCCUUAGAUCUCUUCAACAACUUGCUUUCAGGACCUAUUACUAUGAGUGAUGAUAAUGCAACGAUGAGGUUGAUGUUUCUUGUUCUCUCAAAUAACCAUUUGACUGGUGUCAUUCCAAUGUCUUUGUGCAAGGCAAAGAGUAUAACUGUUAUUGAUUUCUCAAACAAUCAGUUAUCAGGAAAAAUUCCUCCUUGCUUGGGGCAGUUGGAUCAAUUGUCGGUGCUAGAUUUGACGAAUAAUAGUCUAUAUGGUGAAAUUCCAAGUUCAUUGGGUUCCCUACAAUUUCUCACUUCCUUGCACUUGCGUAACAAUAAGUUUCAUGGGAAGCUUCCUUUGUCCUUACAGAAUUUGACAUUUCUUUUCAUCAUUGAUCUAGGUGAAAAUGUGUUCACUGAUAAUAUCCCUCCAUGGAUUGGAUAUAACCUAAUCAAUCUUAAAUUUCUCAAUCUUCAAUCAAAUAAUUUCUAUGGUGAUAUUCCUCGGCAACUCUGUCACCUCCAAAAUUUGCAAUUGUUGAACUUGGCACAAAAUAACAUAACGGGAAAUAUCCCUCGUUGUUUUGGCAACUUCACUGGCAUGGUUGCAUUAGAUCAUGGGUAUCCAACUGGAACAGAACCAGAUUAUUAUUAUGAAGAGAACAUUUUGGAUUCAAUGAAAGGAAGAGAACUGGAAUACACCAAGACACUCCAAUUUCUCAUCUCCAUGGACCUUUCGAACAAUGGCAUUGUUGGAGAGAUUCCAGAAGAGUUAAUGGAUCUUUCUGGGUUGCUCAACUUGAAUUUAUCUGGAAAUCAUCUAAAAGGAAGGAUCCCCAAUAAUAUUGGCAAUUUGACACAAUUGGAAUCUCUUGAUUUGUCUCAAAACAAACUUUCUGGCCCCAUUCCUCCAAGUCUGUCUAGUUUAAGCUACCUAGGUCAUUUGAACAUGUCAUUCAAUAAUUUAUCAGGGAGAAUACCAACGGGAAAUCAACUUCGAACUCUUGACGAUCCUUCCAUUUACAUAGGCAACGAUGAUGGCCUUUGUGGUGCACCACUAAACAGCUGCCUCAAUGAUAAAUCAUCUGAUGGUGAUCACAAACAUGUUGAUGAGAGUGAAGUUGCAGAUAAAACUGAUUUUUUGUGGUUCUACACUGGUAUUGGACCUGGUUUCUUGUUUGGGUUCUUGGGGGUCUGUGGCACUUUGAAUUUCAAGAAGUCUUGGAGGUAUGCAUACUUCCAGUUCAUCGAAAACAGCUACAAUUGGAUAUCAGUAACCAUAGCAAUCAAGUUCGCUAAGCUAAGGAGGAAGUUCAACAAAGGAAAAUUUGGAAGAUGA